AUGAUUAGAAGCGUCAGAGCCAGAGUCGUGGCCACGAGCCUGUGGCUUCUGGCUGCCAUGGCUCACGCCGCGCCCAUUGAUACGACUGCUUCGACCACACCGAACAAAGCCAAUCCAAUCAGCAUGGUCGACCCCGUGCUUCAGAUUGAUACCGUGGUCGUUUCCACAUUGCCCGAAUAUGCCGACUGGCCGCUCCUGCACAAGCAGCUCGAUCAAACGAUGGAUCAGCUCCUUGAGACUGGCGUCGUCUCCUUGCGUGACAGCACCGGCAAGGUUGUCGUCUUGGAUUCAAUUGAUGGAGCCAUCGAGGGCACAACCGUGGACAAUCUUCUCACAGCUGGCUACUCGCUCGUGAUCAAGCCUGAACAAGAGCCCUCCCUGACCUCGUCCAUGCACGCUUUUACCGUUAGCAAUGAUAUAUCUCAGCAGAUUCAAGCGCAUCUGGGUGUGGUCAUGUCAGAGCACUUUUACAUCUCACCACCCGGACAACGGGCCCUGAGCCCGCAUACUGAUGGUGGUGAUGUCUUUGUGCACCAGUGGGCUGGCAGCAAGCUUUGGACCCUCUGCGUGCCCACCGCGCCCGAUUGCCUGGACUGCACCUUUGCAGACCUGGCCCUGCGCGCCGAGCUGGCCAAGUCGGCCUUCCAAGGUUUGUCAUCGUUUCCUUGUGGGCAGGCCCUCUGGAUUAAGCGAGCUCGCUCAAGGUGCUUGAUUUCCAAAACACUCGAGUACAUCUCUUGGCGCUGGACGGUAAAUCACACUUUCACACUUGCUUGGCUGUCCCCGCCUGAAGGCUGCACCUCCUAUACGGACGAACAACUUGCCGGAAUGGAGUGCCGCACCUUGGAUCUGCAGGAAAACGAGCUGCUUUAUGUUCCGCGCGGUGUCGUUCACUUUGCCCGAGCCAACACGACCGGCCUGAGCGCCCACGCCACCUACCAAGUGGUUCCGCCCUCUUCCACCUGGAUCGACAUGGUGGUCGAUGAAUGUAGCCUCACAGCAACCAUGCGAGCUUGCAACGAGCUGAAGAAUCAGCUUCUUCAAGCCGACCUGGGUUUCCGGUGGCUCAACUUUCGCUUCAAAGACGUCCACGUGGCGCCCGUUCUGCCCAACAAACUCAUUACCUCGGAAUAUUCGCUUCACUCCACACGCCUUGCAGAGCUUGUUGUCCGCCCGGCGUCCAAUGACGAAUCGGUCACGCGUACUUGCGGCAAGGGCACCUUUCACAAUACGGUUCGCUGUUUGAGCUGCGGUUCUGGUACCUACCAGGACAGCGCCAGCCAUCUUUCUACCUCAUGCAAAACAAAGAGCCGCUGUCCUGCUGGCACUUACGACGCCAACGGUGGCAGCUCGUCUUCAAACACAAACUGCCUUGCUUGCCCGGCGGGCUCCUACCAAGAUGCGACCAACCACCUGGAGACUUCUUGCAAGACCAAGACCAACACGUGCCCUGUUGGCCACUACGCCUCAAACGGUGGCAGCACUACAAGUGAUCGCAUCUGCGCCGUGUGUCCCGACGCUUGCGAUCUCAGCCAUGGCGCUUAUCAGGAUCAAACCGGUCAAACUUCAUGUGACGGCUGUGGAGUUGAUGUCACGCCGCCCGAGUUGACGUUGGCCCCCAACGCCAUCGUCCGGUUCGAAGCUCUGACCAAUACUUUUGUCUAUCCUACGGUGACAGCCACGGAUACGAGUGGCGAAAGAAUUGUCGUGACGCACACCAACAAUGUUCAGCCAGACGAAGUCGGCACUUAUGAUGUGACCUAUUCUGGCGAGGACAGUGCCAAGAACAAGGGUGUCUUGGUUGUUCAGGUGAUCAUCUUUGCGGCCCGAAAACCGGUCAUCGUGCUUCUUGGCCCGGUGGUCAUGACGCUCGAAGUGCACACUCGUUUCAACGACCCCAUGGGCUAUGUGAUCGAUGAGGGCGAACCCAACAACCUCAACAACACGCUAGCUAGUAACACAAGCGCCCUGGACAUUGACACCCUCGGUACUUACUAUGUCGUAUAUUCCAUGCACACGCCCGACUCCCAAGGCCUGACCGCCUCGCCUGUGCGGCGCACCGUCCAUGUCGUCGACACGACGCCUCCCGGUGUCAACGUGACCGUUGAGGCGGGUUCCACCUGGUCCGAGCCUGGGUUUAGCAUUCGGGAUAACUACGAUACCAUGGCCAUCGGCGACGUGACGGUGGAGCCUGUCGCGCUUAAUCUCAAGGUGCCCAACGGCACGGUCCUCACCGUCGACUACAUGGCUACCGAUCGCAGCGGCAACGCCGUUUCCAUCACACGCUAUGUUCUUGUGCUGGAUCGCCUCGCACCCACCAUCACACUGCUCAACGCCACCCGGCUGACUGCCGAGGCGGGUGACUUGUACUUUGAGUUUGAUGCGGUGGCCGAGGAUCAGUUGGAUGAUGAUGUUGACCUGAGCAUCACCUACCCAGAUGGCGUUACCGUUGGUGGUGAAUUGCAGCCCCCCUCUUUGCCCUUUGAUUACAGCAUUGUUUACACUGCCCGAGAUGAUGUUGGGAACACGGCUCAUGCCACUCGCAACCUGACCGUGGUGGACACCAAGGCUCCCAGCCUUGAAGCCAUCACCUCGGAGGUACACCUCGAGGCCGGUGCCGCCUAUUCCAUCAAUGCCUCGUGGUAUUCCGUGCACGACAACUACAAGGCCACGCCCACCAUCUCCACCAACGUGUCGGCGCUGCCGCGCACCCACGUGAUGACGCCCUAUCGUGCCAACGUGCAAAUCACUGCCACCGACUCGCAAGGCAAUCGAAACGCCACCUCGCUGCGAGUGCUCUUGGUGGAUACUACCGCCCCCAUGUUGACUUUGAUCACCUCCAACGUCACCUCGGGCACUGAUUUUCACAUUAGCGACCUCGUGACUGCCUACGACAGCAAUGAUGGGGUGUUGGACAGCGUUGUGGAUAUGAACACCCACGGCACGAACGUGCUUGAUCUACCCUCAACCCCAACAUGCCCCGUCGAUCGAAUCCGUUCCGCUGCGUCCAACGCCUAUCAGCAGGCGCGCGCGGAGCGCAUUCGCAGCACCAACACUCAGGUCGUAGGUGAUGCGCCGGCCGGCAGCACAUACACUGUCGACUUUAUUGUCACCGAUGCGGCUGGCAACUCUGACUCCCUGCGCGGCGUGGUACUUACACUGCGCGACGAUACAGCGCCUGUCAUUGCCACCUCGGGCACGCCCACCGGCCAGAUUGAAUACACGCGCGCGGCCAACCAGCUCGAGCUGCCUCUCACUGCAUCUGACAACCUCGAUGGCGAUAUCUCUUCUUGGGUUUGUCUGAGCGUGGCACGUUAUGCUCCGCGCACGGCUGAGGGGACCCCAAAUGUCUUGCGAACCGGAUUGCUCGAGCCAGUGAGCCACAACUUUAACGACUUUGCCGAGAUGGGUCGCCCUUGGGGUGCCUCGGGCGGACGCCCCUUGCUUCUUCUUGACGAGCCUGUGGGAACGCUCUAUGUUGUCAAUGCGAGUGUGAUGGACGGAGCGGGCAACACGGCGACACGCACCUUCCGCUACCUCAUCGUGGACACGACUCCCCCUGUCCUCACACUCACAUACCCCGGCAGCUACCAUGUGCCCUACGACACCACCUUUAUUGAUCCAGGGUUCACCGUGUUUGAUGAGUCAGACGACUUGUCAGAGCACGUGCUCGUGUUGAAUGCAGACCGUGUGAAUCCGCGAUUCCCUGGCACAUACUUAGUUCAAUACCGCACCAACGAUCGGUAUGGCAACCCGGCAGAGGCAGCGCGCACCGUGAUUGUAGACAAUUUUAUACUCCCAGCAGAUGAUGACAUUGUCACGAUCACAUAUGCGGCGAGCAUCAUCUUAGCACCCGCUGCGCGUGCCUUUGAGGAGCAGCUUCGUGGUGCGCUGGGUUAUCCAUACAUCUUUGUUGUCGGUCGCCAUGCCGGUGCCGACACAACUAAGGAUCGCUUCAACACGCUUCCCGGCUCGGCGUCUAGCAGCAGCUCCCGCCGUCGCUCCCUGCAGGCUGCCACGAACACUUCGUUUGAGCUGUGCAUGCGCUCCACGACCACCCUUGCGUGGGUGCCAGCUGAAGCGCUGGCUGGAAUGAUUCGAGCAUGGAACAACUCUGAUGUGACUGUGGCCGUGGAUACAAACGAUGACGUGGACACUGUCGACUCGGAGACACGUCAGGGAACGUCUGCUUCGAAUUCGCUAACGACAAUAGUGAUUGGUGGGGCAGCUGGUGGCGUAAUAUUACUGCUUUUGAUUCUAGUCUUCAUCUUGCAUCGCCGUAAGCAAAAUCGCGUGACGGUACCCGCGACAUCCGAGGACUUGUACGCGUUCUUUGACGUACGUGACGCAGACAUUUGGGAAGUAGAGCGACGGUUCGUGCGCUUGGGGGAGAAACUUGGCAAUGGUGCCUUUGGUCAGGUGUUUCGAGCAUGGUUCUGCAACCGUCAUAGUGGCGAGGAGCGCAGCUGUGCUGCCAAAGCCCUCAAACCGGGGGCGCCAUUCAGAGCUCGUCAAGACUUUUUGUCGGAAAUGACGGUGAUGAAGGAAAUAGGAGCUCACCCCAAUAUAAUCGGCAUUUUUGGGCACUGUUUGCGCGACGAGCCUCAUAUUUUACUGGUUGAGUUAGCAGAGUUGGGCAACCUGCGUGACUAUCUGCGUAAGUGCCGGACAUCCCAGAGCAAGCCACAGUUGCUUGGGAGUCGCCAGCUGGCCGACUUUUGUCUCCAGAUUGCCAGCGGCAUGUCGUUUUUGGAGCGGAAAAAUGUGAUUCAUCGUGAUCUGGCAGCUCGCAACGUACUGCUGAGCCAAAGCCUUGCAUGCAAAAUUUGUGAUUUUGGUUUGGCGCGGAGCAUUGAAAACGAAGACUACGAAACGACGGCAACCAAGUUGCCUGUCAAAUGGAUGGCUCCUGAAAGUCUGGGCUACCGCAUCUAUACCUCAAAGUCAGACGUCUGGUCUUUUGGUGUGACUAUGUGGGAGAUAUUCUCCCUUGGCGGUACGCCAUACGUAAAGCACCGCAAUGUUGAUAUAUUAAGCCUUUUGGCAGACGGCUAUCGUUUACCAAAGCCCCGUCAGGCCCCCGGCCAGGCGGAUGCCAUUGCACGAAUGUGCUGGAUGCAUGAAGCCGACAACCGUCCCACGUUUUUGGAAUUGGUGGAUUUGCUGACAGCUUUUAUCAGAAAAAAGAACUUUUCCCUGGCAGAACCCGAAGUGGACAGCGAUGGGCUGUAUGAAGCCAUUGGGGAUCCGACUGAAGACAGUGAAGGAUCAGGCAUUCGCGCGAUCAUGAGUGGUACCGAAGGAAUGGGUGCCGGCAUAUACGAAAGUCAAAUCAAUGGCGAUGAAAUUUACGACAACGAGUUUGAUGGUCACAUGAUGACUGAGGGUCCUAGCUUUGAGAACAUGGCGUUCAGCACUGACUCGGCUCAGGCUUCCAUCGGCUUUGGCUUCUUCCCUGCUGCUAGCGUGGGUGAAAGAUGCCAACCAUCCGUCUUUGACCGCAACGCAAAUGAGGAGGAGGCGCUGCAACACAGUGAAACCACCAUCUAUGACCUUGCCAUUGAUGACUUGGAAAUUUGAAAAGAACGUGGAGUCUCCAGAUCAUCUGGAGGAUGUCGUUUGGUUUUCUCGAUUCCAGGACUUAUUCCUGUCAAGUAUUACGUACAGAAGAAAUGCUCGAUGGCAUGUUGCUGAACGAUGCAGAAUCCAGAGCUUCAGUUGUGUGUUGGUCUUGAAUUGCUUGAAGGUUAUGAUUGUUAGCGACGAAUCCGUUCCCCUUCGCAUUUGGAUGGUAGGUUGCCUUGCGUGGCCAUUUUGUGACAACAGUUGUCUUUUGUUGUUAUUUAUGCACUGGCCAAUGGGCUCGCUUCAAACUUUCCCAUCUUCGUGGUGAAGCGAUUCUACAGCUAUUCUGAUGGUGCACCUAGCCUGGUCACUGCUGUAAUUGCUUGCCGAACGCGGCUGGUUCAAUCGACUUCAAGACGCC